AGGGGGAAGCGGGGGGGGGGGAGAGAGAGAUUUUAAUAAAGAAAACAAAACUAUAGCCGGACUUCCCGAUCAAAGUUAAAGAUGGGAAAGAAACGGCUUGUGGGGCUGAGAGAAAGCGGGCGCGUGACUGGGUAGGGAGCGUGCCAGGCUGUGGAUCGGGCGCACAUGUUGGGGUCUUUUGAAGACGACCAAGUUUAUCUUAAGUGCGAGAUUCCGUGGCUCAAAGUCCGCUUCCUUAUAGACACCGCCCGUGGCUUUGGAUCCAGGAACGCUCGCGUGAAAAUAAACCUAAAAUACAAAAGCAAGCGCAGGCGAUCCCUUUCGAGACCCCCCUCAGCGAAUUAUCACACAGCACGAAUCGACUCGUUGAGCGGUCUCUAAAAGAAAUCGCCUGCGCUUCCUUUUGUAUCUGGUUUUGCAUUAUCCACCCGGCGUCCUUUUAACUGCGGGUGGAGGGCUCUGGCUGCGGAGCCAGAGGGUUGGGAGUUCGAUUCCCCUCAUAGUGCCCCUUGGCAAAGGCUGGACUGGAUGAUCUCUUCAGAGCUCUGCAGUUCUCGGAGGAAGAGAAGGGUGGAAAUAACUAUAUAUUUUGCCUGCUUUCCUUUCCCCAUAUGUCCUUUUGAUCUGACUUUGCCAUCCCGACGGCUAACCCUUUGGAGAAGCCUCCAAGACCCACACCCGCGGCCUAGGUCGAAAAGUUGGCCAGAAACCUUCCGCAGCUGCGCGCAGGAGGGGCGGAGUCCACGCGGUUAGGUGGGUGGGCGGGGCUUCGAACAGGGGCCGCCGGAACGUGGCCGCGCCCAUCGCCCUGGCCCCACCCCCGCCGGUGACGUCGAACAAUGCCAGUGCCACGCAGUCCCGGAGAGGCAGGCAGGCAGUGAGAGAGCGAGCGCCCCUCUUUUUCCCCCCCGCAGCCAGCAUGCGUGUCGCCCGGCGGCUCGGCCUCCUGUGCCUGCAGGCUCUGGCGCUCCUCUCCCUCCAGGCUCAGGGCCAGGAGGCCGCGGGGGGGCCCGGCGACGAGGCCGACCAAGUGCAGGUGGAGGUCUUGUACGUGCCCGAGCCCUGCGAGCCGAAGAGCAAGAAGGGCGACCUCGUCAAUGCCCACUACGACGGGUACCUGGACGGCGGCAAGUCCAAGUUUUAUUGCAGCCGAACACAAAAUGACGGCCACCCAAAAUGGUUUGUCCUUGGUGUUGGACAAGUAAUUAAAGGCUUAGAUAUUGCAAUGCUGAAUAUGUGUCCUGGGGAAAAACGGAAGGUGAUCAUUCCUCCUUCGCUAGCCUACGGAAAGCAGGGAUAUGAACCAGCAAAGAUACCACCUAAUGCAACGUUGAUCUUCGAAAUUGAACUAUAUGCAGUUACUAAAGGACCACGCAGCGUUGAAGCAUUUUCUCAGAUUGACAUGGAUAGUGACAAAAAACUUUCAAGAGAUGAGAUAAACCAUUAUUUGAAGAAGGAAUUUGAAAGAGAUGGGAAGAAACGAGACCCCUCGGUACAUGAAGAUGUUUUGGCGGAUAUAUUUAAAAAGAACGACCACGAUGGAGACGGCUUCAUCUCUGCAAGGGAAUACAACGUCUACCAACAUGAUGAGCUAUGAUCUAAUAGGCCCAAGACGGCUGCGCGUUGCUUUACGGAUGCUAGUGUCCUGACGCAGCAAUUCCUCCCGUACACACGUGGCGCUUCCCCCCCCAAAGGACCCCUCCAGGCAUCACUUGAGCAAUGUAGCUGCGCUCACAGCAUGGCCUACAUUUUGAAGCCGGAAUAGGAAAGACGGCUUGCAGUUGAUGCGACCUAGCUGGUUGGCCAUGGGUCUGGCCCCUGAGACUUUAGAUUGUGACCUAGGCUGAUAGCAGUCAAAAGUGGAAGCUCUUUUGUGGCACAUAACAUUUUGUAUACGACAGCGGUGUUAAAUUUUUAUACUUUUAAAUUCAAUAUUAAAAUUGAUUACAUUCCACUAA